AUGACUUUGCGCUGUGGACAGUUCCUAGUUGGGUCAAGGAUGUUUCCCUCCUUUAAGUUGGUGCUGCUGGUCACAGCACUGACAUGUGUUUGGGCGCAAGACCUUUAUGAAGAGAGGAAAACUAACAAGAAAUCCAGGGCCAAACCUGUGGCUGCAAAUAUACACAAUGGACAAGCCAUCCUGGAUGAGGACUGUAGCUUGGAGCUCUCCUUCCUGUUGGACAGCUCCGAGAGCGCCAAAGACAACCACGAGCAGGAGAAGCAGUUCUCCAUGAACAUGGUGGACAGACUGAAGGGCAUCCAGCUGCCUACCGGCCAAGGAUUGAGCUUGAGGGUGGCUCUUCUGCAGUACAGUAGCCACGUUAUCAGAGAGCAGACCUUCAAGGACUGGAGGGGCACAGAGAACUUCAAGACCCUUAUAACUCCCAUCGUCUACAUCGGGCACGGCACCUACACCACCUACGCCAUCACCAACAUGACCAGGAUGUACCUAGAAGAAACCAGCCCCAGCAGCAUCAAAGCAGCCGUGCUGCUCACAGAUGGCAUUUCCCAUCCGAGGAACCCGGACAUCUUCUCUGCUGUUGCUGAUGCCAAGAACCAGGGCAUCAAAAUCUUCACUCUGGGCAUCACCCGGGCAGCCAACGAGCCAGCCAAUGUCGCCCAGCUGCGACUACUGGCCAGCUCCCCGGCUUCCCACUUCCUCUAUAAUUUACAGGACGAAGAUGUUAUUCAAAAAAUCGUCACUGAGAUUACUAGCUUGGCUGAAGAAUCAUGCCCCCUGGCUCAGAAAUGUGCUUGUGAAAAAGGAGAGAGGGGACCCAGCGGGCCUGCGGGGAAAAAAGGUCGCUCCGGAGAAGACGGAGCCCCCGGGCUUAGAGGGCAAAAGGGUGAAGCAGGACUAAGUGGUCUACCUGGAAAAGAGGGUGCUGAGGGGAAACCAGGUUACAAAGGAGAGCAGGGCGAGAGGGGUGAAUGUGGCACUCCAGGAAUCAAAGGAGACAGGGGCCCUGAGGGACCAGUUGGAACAAGAGGACCUAGAGGGCUGCAGGGGUUACCAGGACCACAUGGGGACGUUGGACCAGAGGGCCAUCAGGGAAAGCAGGGUGAACGUGGCACAUCUGGCCCUCCAGGAAUUCAGGGGGAAACUGGCAUUGGCCUUGCUGGACCAAAGGGUGAUAUGGGAUUCCAGGGUCGAGCAGGUCCUCCCGGCCCCCAUGGAGUGGGCGAACACGGCCCUCCUGGACCUCAAGGACAACAAGGUGUUCAAGGGGAAAGAGGACCCCAAGGCGAGGGGCUUCCCGGACCAAAGGGGGAACGGGGGCUCGGCGGACCGAGGGGACCAAGGGGACAGCAGGGUGCAGGAAUCAAAGGAGAACGGGGUGAUAUGGGGCCUCUAGGUUUUCCAGGGCCAACUGGACUGACAGGAGCGGGCAUACAGGGAGAGAAGGGAGUCGAGGGUCCAAAGGGUCCACCAGGUGGCAGAGGAAAUCGGGGAGAAGGUUUACCUGGACCUAAGGGAGAUCAAGGUUUACCAGGAGAGCAGGGGUCCACAGGAGAGAGAGGCCUUGGGGAGCCAGGUUCAAAGGGGGAUCCUGGAUCAGCGGGUUUGGGGGGCCUGCCUGGUCUUCCAGGAGAGGACGGAGCUCCAGGGCAGAAGGGGGAGGGUAGUUUACCUGGUCUAAGAGGUGCUGAGGGAGCACAAGGAAUUGGCAUUCAAGGAGAGAAGGGUGACCAGGGUCUGAGGGGCAUCCGAGGGUUACAUGGACCACCUGGGAUAUCAGGACCAUCUGGACCAAAGGGUGAACGUGGUUUGUCAGGCCGGCAGGGCAUGCCGGGACAGCCAGGACGGUCCAUAUCAGGUCCAAAGGGUGAUGUAGGAACUGCUGGUCCCUCUGGUCCUGUUGGAGAAACAGGCCAUGGAUUACCUGGUCCAAAGGGUGAUCGUGGUCAUCUGGGUCCAUUAGGGCCAGUUGGACCAAAAGGCGAAGGCUUCCCCGGACCUGUGGGUCCUCCAGGCCUGCCAGGAUUACAGGGCGAGCAAGGCCCAGAAGGAGUAGGAAUCCCUGGUCCCAAGGGUGAUGUUGGCUUUCGAGGAUUGCCAGGUUUGCCCGGGCCAACUGGAGAGGGCUUACAGGGGCUGCCUGGUAAUGUUGGGAGGGCAGGACCUGCUGGUCCAUCUGGUCCUGCAGGAGAAGGUAUUCAAGGCCCAAAGGGUGAUGCAGGAUCUCAGGGUAUGACUGGGCCAAGAGGUCCUCAUGGAGAUGGAUUGCCUGGAUCCAAGGGUGAUCGUGGAUCACAGGGUGAGAGGGGCACGAAGGGUACAAAAGGAGAAUUGGGAGAUGAAGGAGUCCCUGGUGAACUAGGAAAGCCUGGAGUUAAAGGAGACCAAGGACUCACAAGAGAAGACAUUUUGAAGCUGAUCAAAGAAAUCUGCGGAUGUGGCAUCAAGUGCAAGGAAAGGCCGAUGGAGUUGGUGUUCGUCAUCGACAGCUCGGAGAGUGUCGGCCCCGAGAACUUUGAAAUCAUUAAGGACUUUGUCACCAGGUUGGUCGACCGGACCACAGUCGGACGCAAUGCCACCAGGAUCGGACUGGUCCUUUACAGUCUGGAUGUUCAUUUGGAGUUCAACUUGGUUCGCUACAUGAGCAAACAGGAAGUUAAACAGGCCAUCAGAAAGAUCUCUUACAUGGGUGAGGGCACCUACACUGGCACCGCCAUCAGAAAGGCGACUCAGGAGGCGUUCUUCAGCGCUCGGCCUGGAGUCAGGAAAGUAGCCAUCGUCAUCACCGAUGGUCAAACUGACAACCGAGAGCCAGUCAAACUUGACAUAGCUGUGAGGGAAGCUCACGCCACAAACAUCGAGAUGUACGCCCUGGGGAUCGUCAACUCUUCUGAUCCCACGCAGGCUGAGUUCCUGCAAGAACUCAACCUCAUUGCCUCUGACCCCGACAGCGAACACAUGUACCUUAUUGAUGACUUCAACACUCUACCAGCACUGGAGUCUAAACUCGUCAGCCAGUUCUGUGAAGAUGAAAAUGGCGCCCUCAUUUACAAUCGUUUAACAAAUGGAAACUGGAACAAUGGCCAUGGGCAUGGUACUAAUGGAAACAAUGGCCAUGGUACUAAUGGACAUGUAGUGAACAACAAUGGAUAUAAUGGCAAUAAUGGUUACGUUGUAUAUAAUAAUGGAUAUGGAGACACUGGAAAAGCUAAAGAUAACCAAGAGGAGAAUCCAAGUUCGGGGCGCACCAGCAGCCGAGGCCGUGGAGACACCUUCGCGCUGCCCAUCAGCGCUGAUCCCCUCCCAAUCCAGGAGCUGGAAGAUGAUGAAGGUGAAGAUUUAGACUACAGAGCCCAGACGCGGGGCGCUAACACGGUAGCAACCGUAGCUGUAGUUAACAAAACAACAUCUUUAUCGCCUGUAAGAGAAAGCUCCGACUUCAAUGAGGCCGUCAUAUCAUCUUCUUCAUCCUUAUCUUCUUCUGCAACAUCUGAGUCAACACUGAUCUCAACUUUAGAUUUAAGCUCUGACCAGUUGCAGCCAGUGGUGAGUCCAGUCCUGCCUGAAGAGGCCCCUGCUCAGGACCCUCGCUGUAACCUAACCUUAGAACAAGGCACCUGCAGAGACUACACCAUAUACUGGUACUAUGACAUGCAGGCCAAUGCCUGCGCACAGUUCUGGUACGGAGGCUGCGGUGGAAAUGACAACCGUUAUGAAACAGAAGAUGAAUGCAAGAAGACUUGCGUUCUAAACAAAACAGGAUAA